AAUCGAAGGGGAAGAAAAAAAAGGAAACCAAAGACCUGUGUCCGCCCGGGAGGAGAGAACAAUGCUCGCCAGAACCCUCGUCGGCCGCGUCCGCCCCCGCCUCGCGCCUCCCUUGGCGGCCCUCUUCCGCCGCGGAUAUGCGCCCCGCGCCUCAGCCUCCGCGUCCGCCGCGGCCGGCGACCUCGUCAUCGAUGAGGACCCGCCGCGCGUCGCUUCGCUUUCCUCGGCCGCCGCCGCCGUGGAGGCCACUGCGCCCACCGUCCUGCAGCCGCGCGUGCUCAUAUACGACGGCGUCUGCCACCUCUGCCACCGCGGGGUGAAGUGGGUGAUCAGGGCGGACAAGCACGCCAAGAUCAGGUUCUGCUGCGUGCAGUCCAAGGCAGCGGAGCCGUACCUGAGGCUGGUCGGCAUGGACCGGGAGGACGUCCUACGGCGUGUGCUCUUCGUUGAGGGGCCUGAGGCCUACUACGAGGGCUCUACUGCUGCACUGAAGGUUGCAUCAUACCUGCCUCUUCCCUACUCAGUCUUGAGCUCCUUGCUGAUCAUCCCUGCCCCACUGCGGGAUGCAGUCUAUGAUUAUAUUGCAAAGAAUCGCUAUGACUGGUUUGGCAAAGAUGAUGAAUGCAUCGUCACCAAGGACAAGGAGAUUCUCGAGCGCUUCAUCGACAGGGAGGAAAUGCUUGGUGGUGGUCCCAGCAAUAGCAUCUUCUGAUCACAUCUUUGGCUGUGCCGUUGCUCACACUUAACUGUAGGCAAGAGAUGUAAAUAAUGUUCACAUCCAUCUAGGCAAUGUCAGUUAAUUUUCUUGA